AUGUCGGUCUCUCCCCCUAUCCGACGCCUCUCUUCCGCGAGUUCUAGCAGCAGAGAAGACUUGAUAAACCAGUAUGAAGCGGAGGAGGAGCGCAUUAUAAACGUGCUGUCGCGAAAACUUGAGCAGCUUCGGGAGGAGAAGAUUGAGCUGGAGAACGCUCUUGAGGCAGAAUCAGAAUCCCAUGUCAAUAGGCUGUCUCGAGAGAUCUCUGCUUUACGACUUGCCCAGCAACACCCUCCUGUGAAUGGCAGUGGCGGUGGCGAAGUCACCUCGCAUUCUUUGCCAAAUCCCGCAGAGCCCUCUGCAGAGAUAAUGUUGGAUGCCAUGCGACGCGAGAAUGAACAAUUACGGAACAGGUUGGUUGACACUGAGCGAGAUUACAUUCGAAUAACCAGGCUCAACGAGAUUUAUCGUGAGGAGCUCAUUGAGCAUCGUAGGCGGCUUGGCUUACCUGUGGAUAAUCUGAUUGGCCUUUCCUCCAUGGAUCCGUAUUCUCAGCCGACGCAUCGCCGUUCGGGUUCGAGUGCAUCAUCCCCCUCCACGUCUGUACUUGUUCUGCCCAGUCCGCAAAUAACGAGACAUGUCUCAGGCGUCCCCAUCCCACGUCCUUCUUCUCAGGUCCCCCGCCCAGGAAACAACUUCUCCUCUGAAUCCACCACACCGUUUUCGCACUCACCAUCGUCAUCGUCCUCCUCGCCGUUCCCCAUCUCUCCACUUCCUGCCAGCUACCUCAGCAUGACCACCAACGUGACUACCCCACCCUCAUCCGCCUCGUUGACCAAUCCAGCAGUGCCCUUCCCGGGGUCGGUCGGACGCGGACUAUCAUACCCAUCAGUUCCCCCGCCCUCUUUAUCAUCCUCGUUUGGCUCUCCUUCGACGUCAUAUCACACCGUGUACCCAAUUUCAUUUGCGCGACCCUCUCAGGAACGCGAUACGACGCCGUCGCCCGUCGAUUCAUUCAGCAGCCGGAGGAACUCAUUCCAUCGCCGCGGCAGUUUCGAGCGGCGGAUCGCCGAAACUGGCAGUCUCAGGAGUGCCAGUAGAGGUCAAAGUCACAGCCGCCGCGCGAGCGUAGAAAGGGGAGCGCGAGUAGCAGAGACGGGGUCCCUCAUCCCUCGUGGUCUUCCAGAGGGCGAUAGCCUCAUCGAGACCGCCGAGGAUGCGGAGGUUGUUGCUCAGGAGAACAUCCCAGCUGGAGACGAGAGUAAGCCGGAAGCGAUCAAGGUGGUAGAAGGCGAUGAAAAGGCUGUUCCCCAGGCGUCGUCGUGA